UCAGUGUGCGACUGUCAGGUCUUCGAGAUGCAGCGCAUCUACACUCACAGCCAUGAGCACUUUGAAGUCUUCACCACUGUCCUUGCUCCACAAGGGAGGUAUCGAUACAGAGCAGAAGCUGAAAAGAUGGUAGUGGUGCACAGCUACAGCCCCCACUGGCCGGACGAGCUGGAGCUGUCUCUGGGUGACGUCAUCCUGGUGCUGUCCAAACAUGAGCAGGAGAGGUGGUUUGGGCGGCUGCAGGACGGCCAGCGGGGCUACUUCCCCGCCUCCUGCGUGAUGGAGCUGAGCCAGGUGAGUCUUCCUCCAAAAGCCCUGCGAAGGAGUUUGUCUCUGAGGAACUCGGCCUGUGCCAACGAUUCAGGUCUACGCAGCAGACAUGGAAAUGGACACAUUCUGCAGGCGCUCAGAAGGGGGAGCAGAGGAGGAGGAGGAGGAGGAGGAGGAGGGGGAAUAGGACUGGAUGGGGGCCAGGGCGAAAACAAGGGCCCCUUCCUGGUGCGGAGGCCCCAGAUCCCUGUGCCUCAGCCCGUGGCCUCCCAGCCUCAGACACAGAGAUCCCCAGGCCUGCUCCACAGGAUCUUGUCCAAGUGCCGGAAAAAGAGUGAAUGCCAGGGAGCCACCAACGGGGCCUUCGAGGACGACUAAGAGGCCCCCUCUCUUUGUCCUGGGUGGCUGAGCUGAGUUCACUUUGCUGGGGCUGCCCUGGGGGAGUAUGUGGGUGAAUGGAGGAGACUUGAAAAGACAGAUCUUGAAUAUCCUGGUGCGGGCAGGUACUCGUUGUCAUAUCAGGUGUUCUUGACCUGCCUGCAUUGCUUUAGGCAAACAGGUUGAAUCAGUGAUGUCACAGAAGGGGUUUUGCCCAUUGCAUGUGAUGCACUAUGCCUGAUGUGACAUCACUGAUGGGGGCGUGGUCACCCGUGCAACACACCUUAAAGUUUGAAUGUGCAGAAAGCUGUGCAGCUGCUGUUUCCUGCACUGUUUUUCAGCAUGGUGAGAUCAAAUGCCAGGCUUAUGCUUUGGAAAAUAUAUACUUACAGUCACAGCAAUCAUAGGUGUAACAGAGGGCAGCAGCAUAGGAAUUAGUGGGAGUUAAUGAAGCAACAACUUAUUGCUUCAUUCAUCAAAUGUAGCCUUUUUUUUCUACAGAAGAGAAAUGUUAUUUCCUCUGUCUGUGUGCAUUAUGUUCCAUCAUGCAUUGUCUUCAUCUGCUCAUGUGAAUCUGUUUAUAUGCGUAUAGCUGGCUGCUUAAUAUGCAAUUAUUGUAAUGAUUAUAAAACCAGUA